AUGUUGCAGCGCGAUGCGACAGAGUCACUCGCGGCGCUUGAGCCGUACCUUGACACCUGCGAUAUGGAACGCACUGUGCCCAUGCUGCGCCGCACACAUCGCUACCAUGCGCUGUGUAUGCUCUAUUUCCGUCGUGCGCGGCCAGCCGAGGCCAUUGACCUAGCGCAGCAGCUUCUCGGUGGCACCGUACGCGACGAAGUGGAUGGCCCUGUACCACUGCCGGCGCUCGCAUCCUAUGCACCCUCACUACCGCCGGCUGCGCGUAUUGAUCUGGGCCUUGUGCUUGCACGCCACGACCGUGCAUGCGCACUCCACGUACGUGUCUCUUUCUCACGCCAGGUUCUCCGCGAUGUGGACUUUCUUGCGGUCGAGGCAGCCCCGGCGCUGCGUGCGAUUCAGGAGGUGGAUGCGGACCUUGCUGCGGCGCUCCUUGAGCAUGUGGUGCUCUCGGCGCCGCUCGCUAUGCAGUCACUGCACGAGGCGCUCCUCACGCAGUACCUUACGGCGGACGACGUCCCAACCCGCGCCAAGCGGCAGCACCUCCUCGCAUGCUCGCCCGCCCUGGAUGAGCGCCUGGUUGACUCACUCGAAGGCCGGCCUGUGGACCAGGCCAUCCUCCUCAGCAAGGCGGGUCACUACGAGCGCGCACUUGAGCGCCUUGUACAUGCGCACGAAUUUACGGCGGCGGAGCGGGUAUGUGCGGCGGGCCGCGUACUCGCGCCGUGGGACGACGCGCCGCCCGGCUGGGAGCGGCUGCUGGCCCUCGUCCCUGCGGCGUCCCUGCCCGCUAGUGAGAGCGUGCGCAUGCGCCGCGCACUUCUCGACCUCUAUAUGGACCCCGGUGCAUCGGGUGAUGCAUUUUGCGCGCCGUGUGCGGCCCUGCUCCACGCGCAUGCGGGCGAGUUUGCCCUCGAGUCGGUGCUGGCCGCCGUUCCGGCCCACUGGCCCGUGCAGGCACUCACUCCGUUCCUCGUGCGCGCGCUGCGCAGCGUGCAGCAUGCCCGGCGUGGUGCGAAUGUGGCUAAGGCCGCCGCAUUCAAGCGCAGCCUCGACGCAGCUGAGCUGCGCUGGCGCGCGGUGCGCACGCUGGGCGGCCUGGUCGAGGAGCCCUCAUAG